GGAGUCGGAGUUAUAAGAGGACAAGUCGCUUCUUGAUGCCGACCUAUCUAUAGUAGUGUGAGUCUGAGUGAAGUUGUGCAGAUAAUAUUUAUUAAAAGAGAGAGAGAGAGACUUAGUGAAGGAUCAUUGUCGUAAUUGUUAGCUGUAACGGUGCUCAUAAGAAGAAAGCCGAAAUGAAGUUCGGAUGGUUAUUGCUUUGUUGCUUAUGUGCCAUUGCCGGUACGGCAUUCGGUUCACCCGUUCCACAAGCACAAGUUCAUAUCGAAACAGCGAAGGGCACCGCAGAACAGGCGACGUCUAGGCAAUCGACGACGGCGGAGCAGGUCGUCCAGCCGGUCGCCGCCGCUCCUCAAGAAGAAGACGAUGACGACGACGACGACGAUGACGAUGAUGACGACGACGUAGAUUUGGAUCUCGGCGACGAUGACGAUGAUGAUGACGACGAUGAUGAAGGGACAGCGGCAGACGAUGACGACGACGAUGACGAUGAUGAAGAUUAUUUCGAGAGAUUCUUCGAUGAUAUUUUAGGUGGGGACGACGACGACGACGAUGAUGAUGAAGAGGCAGCUGAAACAGUUGCUGCUGCACCCGUGGUAUCGGCCCCACAAGUGGAAACGUCUCCCGCUACAGUGACCAACAACAUCCAAGGGCUCGCGGCGACCAACGUGGAUUACAACGCGGCCGAUUACGGCAGUGCCCCCGGUGAAGACGAACCUCUGGAAACUGAAGCUUCCCAGCAACAGACCGUCGUUUUAACGACGUCCGACGAUGCAGCCAGUACCAAGCCCGAAGACGGCGUGGACGUGAGCGAUGACGACGACGACGACGAUGACGACGACGAUGAUGAUGACGACGACGAUGACGAUGAUGAUGAAGAUGAUGAUGACCUUAUCGAUACGAAACGUUCCAUGAAUGAUGCUGAAAUGCCAGCAUCGGCUUACAUAACGAAAUACAACAGGUUUGUCGACUCCAUCCUGGACAGGAUAAACAAGAUACUGAGAAAGAGCUACGAUCCUGUGAAUGUAAGGCUUCAGUCUGCAUCUGAGACAAAAAAGAACAAGAAACAGAAGAAGAAGCAGGGCAAAGGAAACAAGGAAGAAAGGACUGGAGGAACUAACUCAACAGUCACCGAACAAUCAGAUGAAGAUACCGUAACGACUAUGACUGUAUUGCCUGUUAGUUCAACUGAAGCUUCCACCCAACAAUCGGCAGAGCCAAGAAAGAAAAAACCAACAAAAACUACUCCCACACCUACCACAACACAAAAGACAAAGACAAAGGCUAAAGGUAAGCCUUUGAGAGCUAAAGCCACUCUUUAUGGUUUAUCGUCUAUCCAAAGGGAUGGAGAUGUUACUGUUAACGUAAUGAGUUCCCACACGACUGUCAAGACUAAAUUUUUAGUUGGCCCACUAGUCCUCAAAGUUGAAAAAGAGUUUGGCAGAGGAGUAAAAAAAGAGUUGAGGAGUGCAACAGCCACUACCGCUGAAAUGGUUGGCAAACUAAACCUUAGAGUCAUGCAUGGAGGCGCUGCCACACUUCAUUCUAUCAAAGUCCUUCAACCAAAACAAGUUCGAGUCGAAAGUCCAGAUGACCAUGACAGAACAAGAGAAUUCGUGUGGAGGAGAUCUAGCCACAUUGCACACCUAGUCUCUCAAAAAUUAUUAGCAGCGACUAAAUCCAUGCUUCAACCCCCUCCUAAAGUGGCUUGAAUUUCAUAAAAAGUGAUAAAAACAAUUUUUGUUGUAAUGAAUGGAAUUUUUUGUAAUCUCAUCGGAUUCAGGUUAACUUGUUAACUGUCCGACAUUAACAGUCAUUAAGCUUGAUAAAACUUUGUUUUUGUUAUGCUUAAAUAUUUAUAAGAAAGCAUGAAAGAGCGAGCUCUGUUUUUAAUUUACAUUUGGUACAUAAUUCUAUAUGAAGAUAUGUGAUUUAAUACAAUUUUGUAGUAAUUUA